AUGGCUUGUUUUGAAAAUCCUAAUUCCGAGUUUCUUGAGACUCAGUUCUCUGCAUCAACACGGCUGCCAGAUGGUCUAGGGCAGAAUGGUGGUCGUAUCAACAGCGACAGAGUUGGCUUGCUGCGGGCUUCCUCUCCCUCACUUCCAUUGGACGAACUCCGCCAUCGAUUUCAGGAAGAUGGAUACCUCUUCGUAAAGGGAUUUAUUCCCCGCGAGGAUGUUUUAGAUGCCAGAGAAAACUACUUCGAAGCAUACGCCAACACAUCUCUACUGCAGCCAGGGUCAUCCCCGCGGGAUGGUAUCUUCAACAAGUCGUCUCAUCCUGAUCUGCACAAGGGUAUUAGUGGCCAAGGCUUGCCCGUUGAUCCUGUAGGGGCAAACGCUCUUACCAAUGCCCACUCUGACCCCAAGUACCGAGUCUUUGUCGAGCAUCCCGCUUUGACGCAAUUUUUCCGGCAGUUGAUGGACUGGAAGGAGCACGUCCUGUUCCACUGGACUAUGCUGCGCCAUAAUGUUCCCUUUGGGCUGGGAGCAGGCAUCACUAUGACAAGUUUUUCCUGCGAGGGGGUGAUUGAUAUUGCCUCACUGCCUGGGUGCCAAUUGGUGAGUCAAGUCCCCUGUGAUAUCUCAAUCGAUGGCGGAGGCCUGUGCUAUCUGGAAGACUCCGCAGCCCUAGGAAGAGAGAUCGAGGACGAUUUCACCACUCGCGCUGCUAAUUCCACCGACGAGCAGCACCUCUCCGCCUAUAACGCCAAUAUGAUGGCUGUUGGAAUGCUGGCCAAGUCACCUCAAGGAUUUGUGUCCGAUCAUCCGACUUCCGAGACUCAUAGAUGGCUGGCCACUGACUAUGAGGCGGGCGACGUGGUUUUCCACUAUCCGUAUACCAUUUAUGCCAGCGGACGCAAUGAGGAUGUGGAGGGGCGCAUUCGAUUGAGCACAGACUUGCGUUUCUAUGAGAAAGGAGAAGCGGAAAUGGACAAGCGAUGGUUCAAGAUUUGGGACCCGAAUGAUGGACUAUAA